AUGCAAUCAGAUGGGUACAAGCAUCUAGAAGAGAGCUGCCCCUCAAUGUUGCUGGAGUUGCUAGAGACAUUUGCAGCAUUGGAUGAGAGUUCAAGUCUUCUGUCAAGUAGGAAGAGGAGUGGCAGCAGCAUAUAUGGGCUAGACUUGCCAAGUUGCCGGCAGAAGGUGGCGGGGCUGUAG